GUAAUAACGUGUCUGUGUUUGAUGUAAUAACUAUUCGUGUUGGGUGUAAUUGGACUGUUAAUGCACCUAUAUGUAUUGAUAUUUUUGUUACGGAAUACUCGAUAAAGGGCGACUCAUUAGACAAGGCUGAAUAUCUGUUAACAUACCUGUAACCGAGCACUGGUUUGACCCCUGAUGCAGAGUCGAUGAAAUCGAGCAAGCACGCGUCGUCAUGGGAAAGUGCAUAUGUCGUGUCAUGUGUCCCAUGACGCUUACGCCAGUCGCGGUCUCGAUGUUUGUGUUCCUGGUGUGCUGUGGUGCCGUGCGCGGGGACGACCCAGGGGAGAUUGUUGACUGCACAUUUGACGAAAAUGUGGGGGACGGGGUCCUGAUUUCGACUUCUCCAUCUGACAACAACGGCGACUACGUCGCCCACAAUAUCUACUGCUAUAACGAUUUUAAGCCCUGCAGUACCGGAAAUGGGUGCUGCUACAAAGGGUCUGACAGGGAUCUGUGGACGGACGGCGAGCUGGCGGGUCUCGUGCUCAACGUGACGGCGCUGUUUGCUCUGUCAGUGCUCGUGCUGGUCACGUGUGGAGCCACCUACUGUAACAGCAGGGAGGAUGCCGUCGACAUAUUUGCGGGAAGAAAACUGAGGAGAAGAUAGUGGCAUUCAGAUAGUUUAAUCUUGCAUUUAUAUCAAUAAUGAUUUAUAAUUUUAUAGUAUGGUUGUAUUAUGCAAUUUUAUAUUGACUAGUGAAAAAGAAAACAACUCAUGACAUAUUUUAUUAAACUCGUCUAUGUUUAUUUCCUAUUGAGUCAUGAGCAUGCGAUGGAUUCUCGUUGGCUUCUGUCAAACCAAAGACAAAUUAUUAACCGCCUUGACUGCGAUCCAUCCAGGACAUUUUAAACCAUUGGUGAAAGAUACUCAUUGAUGUGUGUAUUCCAAUAUGUAUUGUGUACUUUAUAUUAUUGUGCAAAUUAAAAAAGUUGUUCAAUA